UGCCAUGAGGAGUACUUGUAGAUUUGACAAGUUAAUACCAGAAGAAAAUCACCGCGAAUACUUUUUGUCUUCAGGUCGCGCUUCAGACUCCUCUAGCUUUGAGAACGGACUAGUGCAAUGUACCCUACAAUAAAUUUGUACCCCCAGUUUUCAUUUUUGAGACCCGUGUGAGUGGUAACACUGCUGUCCGGCUGUCACUUUCCGUUACCGUCGUCUGUCCGUCUGUCUGUCUGCUACGGAAUUGUAGGAAUCAGAAAUGGGGAGAACCGUGUAAAUUGUCACUGAACUAACCAGUCAGUUGAAACUCAUACAAUCAGAAUGAUAAUAAUCCCUUCAGGGUCGGGAAUACCCCGUUUGCACAUUCCAUCUGACCAGCCUUUGACUGAUGAGCAGAGUGAAGAUGAUAUUCAUAUUUGCGGCAAGUGUAAAAAGCACUUUACGGAUAUAUUUCUGUUCAUGCGUCACAAGAGCGAAAAAAACUGUAAUUCGCCCAUUAGCAGAAAGUUGGUGUCUGCUCCAGUUCCUUGCAUCUCUCCUUCAUCCAGUAGCAAUCCUAUUUUUACAUCCUUUAGUGGUAGCAACAUUAGUCCCACCCGGCCAGAAACAAAGUAUACGAGGGUUGCCUUAAUCAAUACUGAGGCAUUCACCAUUCAAAAGGAAGAGGUUUAUGAGGAAGUUCCCCCCACAAAUUGCAUUGAAACUGCUGAAGCACCUUCCCCUGCUCACCCACCUCAUUUGUUGUUGGCUGAUCUUGCAAGUCAAAGAUUAGACGACCUAAACCAAGAUAUUUCUUCAGAUGACAAAGCAGCUGAGGAGGGAAUCAUGUUGGAUGAUGAUUGGGUGUCUUCCUGGUCUGCUGCCAAAGUUUUGGGCACUUUUAGUGUUUCUAAUUCUCUGAGGAAGCUGCAGAACCAAAAUAUGAAAGAGAACUGUAAUGUUGAAGAAGACGCAAGUGUUGAAGUGAUGGCCACAGAGGAUGACAGCAUGCAUGAAGAGAUGGGCCAUGAGCAUUUGCAGAGGUGUGAAGAGGAUUCUGUGCUCACAUUGACUCAUGAGAAGCAUAUUGAUGAUGAGAUUCAUUCGGUUGAAGAAGAGUGCCAAGUUCCUGAACGGUUCAUCGGUCCUCAUGGUGGUUUGUUGGAUGUUGAAGAUGUGGAAGUUGCUACACUAUUAGCCAACCAUCUAACAAAUGAGCCAAGCCUCCCAAUCUAUCCUAAUGCUGCUGAAUCAUUCCUGUCCUAUGGCAAUUUGCACAACCAGUUGGUUAUCACUGACUCAACUGACACUUUAACCUUUGAAACUGAAGAUGGUAAAAAGAGAUUGCUAGAGCAGGUUGCUGAACCAGAAACUACUUCACCUGCUCCUGAUGGCAUUGACUCACUUGGUAGCAACAUACUAUCACAGAUGCAAACAAAUCAAGUUUUGAAAACAAGUAGGCCUCGCAAAGUUCACUCAUGUCCCAAUGAUGGAUGCAAGUUUCAAGGAAACUCUUUAAGAGAUUUAACCCGACAUAUAAGAACACAUACAGGUGAGCGACCUUUUAAGUGCCCUGAAUGUGACAAGACUUUUACACGAGGAGACAAAUUGUCAGUUCACCUUCGCUGCCAUGGUGGUGAAAAGACUUUUCUUUGUAAAGUCUGUGACUUUGCAUGUAGGGACCAAAGCGGUUUGGUCAUACACAUGCGCAAGCACACAGAUGAACGGCCUUACAAGUGUCAGUUAUGUGAUCACCGUGCUCGCACAAAGUCACAUUUGAACGUUCACUUGAGGAAGCACACUGGUGACCAUCCCUACAAGUGCAAGAAAUGUGGCAGAGCUUUCACUACCAGCUCUGACCUUACAAGACAUACAAGAUUGCAUUCUGGUGACAAGCCAUUUAAAUGCCCAGACUGCAGCUAUGCUGCUGCUCUUAAAACGAGUCUAAGAACACACAUUCAACAAAAUCAUCAACCAGGAAUUUCACUUAUUUGUCCAAAGUGUGAUCUUCGGUGUGAGUCUCGCAAGGAUUUGCGGAAUCAUGUGAAAUCACACAAAGAUGAUUGCAAACGAUGCAACAAGUGUGAUUUUGUUGGUGCCACCAACACUGCUUUAAAAAAUCAUAUGAAGGUUCACAUGCCUGAAAAAGUAAAACAAAGUCCAUUAUUAAAUGGAAAGAGAGGUCAUCAUCGACCACACCUUAAGAAGAAAGCUUCACAGAAGAAACAGAGGAAAGUCAUGGAUGUUUUCCCUGUGGUCCACAAUUGCACAUACUGCAAUGAAUCCUUUUGGCGGGAAGAUACCUUGGAGGAGCACUUGCGGCAGCACCAACUUGAAGAGCUAGUUGGUACUCGGGCCUCAGCAACCCAGGAUCCUGUGCUUGCAGAUAGUGCUGAUAGCCGUGACAGCACAGACAGCACAAGUAUGGAUGGUACUUGUGGCCUGGCAGGCUUGGCUGCUCUGGCCUCUUAUCACAGUACAGCAGAACAACCCACUUUCCUUUAUCGGUACAUAUCUGGGUCGCACAGCAAUGAAAGCAACGAUGAUCUGCGGAAUGCAGAGAUCUUAGCUUCUCUUAACCAAGGCUCCAAUUUGCCCCAAUAUGUGGCUAUUCAAACUGAGCAAAAUACACUUGUUGAUGCUUUGAACUGUAUACAGUAUGUACUACCUAGUCCAUUAGGAACAUUGGAUGAUAAUGAUAAUGACAAUGCAACUUCAUUACUCUGCUAGUCAUGAAAAAAAUUUGAAAAUCCAGAGCUUUACAAAUCUAAUUCUGUUGAGCUUUUGAAAAGACUGUCAUCUUAAUGGGAAUUUUGGUCUUGAUUGAGUUGUUUCUGUGUUAAUUUUGUGUUGCUUUAACUAAGAAAUCCCUGUAAAUGUCGAAGAAGUGAAUAUGCCUGUGAUAAGUAUUUAACAUUUUCUGUGGUCUGCAUAAUUUAAUUUCGUGGAUUCUGUUUGGUUUGUUAGUCAGAAUAGUUUGACAUUAAAUUAAUUACCAAUCCUACUGAAGUAAGAAUACUUUACUUAUUGAAAAUCUGUUUUGUAUGUUAUUUUUGUGAGUCAGUAGAGUUAAGUUGUUAAUUAUUUAUAUCUUGUGUUGGCCAGUGGAGAUCUUUUUAAUUCUUUAAAAGACUGAUUUUCAUGCCUGUGUAAUUUAUUUACCUUCUGAUUUAAGGAGCAUGAUUUUUGUUUCUAUCCAAAUCUAAUGGGCUCCCAGUAUUCUGUGGCCCAGUAUUGUACGUACUAUAUCAUAUUCUAGAUGUAUUUCUAAUAAAGAGUUAAUAUUGAUGAAA